AAAACACAAAUAAAUUGCAUGCCAGUGUCCGUCCUCGAUUUCGCGUGGUAAUCAGUCACUAUCGAAUAACCGCCUCGUCUGUCUGCGGAAUGUCUGGCAGUCAUUCAGGGUGAGGCAGAGGGAGGAAAUGGUAAAUAUUGGAAACCGCCUUCCUCGACUUUCCUCUCGCGUGCUGUACUGAGCCUAUCCCAGGUAGGCCUCGCACUCCCGAGCGGAAACGCAGGACCCGCAGAUCAUAGACUAGUCUCUAUUCGUCCCUUAGUGAAGGAUUUUGUGGGAGGGGACGUAGCCGCAGACACUCAGCACCGAGAGAGUCUCCUGUGUGGGAAGGGCGGCAGAUCGAUGCAGCGUGGGAGACGGAAAGUGAGGAGACAUGACGUGUUUGUGGAAGGUCGUUCUCAGUGCAUGGCGAGACGCCGCACGGGAGCGUCAUGCACCAGCUCGUGGUCUGUGGUGUAUAGUGGAUAUGUGAAAGUCGAACAGUGAAUACGAGGGUCACUGAGCACAUGGUCGAUGAGAAAGGCCUACAUGAGUCCCAGUGUGAGAACAGGCCGGAGCAGAACCUGUAUUGCCGUGUGAUUCAGAGUAUGACGUAACGAGAAAUGUUACUUUCCGUGACGUUAUAGUGAAGUACAGCCAAGUCUCGUGGGGCGGUGGGCGUGUAAGAACCCAAAGAAGCAUGGCGCCCGCGACGAAAAGGUAAUCGAAAUCUACGCCCACUUUCCGUAGAGAAAAGUUGCGGAUAUAAAACGCACACCAGUACUAGGUGCUAAUAGUUAAAGAGAGAGAAAAAAAAACCCGCACAAGUGUAAACAACCGAACCCCAUGAUUCACCCACCAAUUACUGUGUCACGGAACAGAAGAAGAAAGAAAAAAAAAGUUUUAGCAAAAUAACCACCUACCCAAAUGAAUGAACAUAACGAAUAAGAAAAUACAUUGAUAAAAUAAAACAAGAUAAAAGAAAAUAACUCGCAUACGACAACCAACAUUCAAACCAACACCUUGUUAAGAAGAGAAUGUGUUUAUUGUGUAUGCUCCAAUACAUGGGCAUCGAAAUGGGCAAAGGUGCAGCAGGGGCGUGCGGUGGGCGGCAGGGAGAGUACGCCCUCGGUAACCAGGAGGAACAGUAUGGUGGCAGCAGGCACGACUGGCGAUAUUAUUUGUGCUGCGUGCCGCAUUUUUGUUUCAGUCGGAGCGGCGCCUUCGCAGAGCGUGGCAAAAUGGUUUUCCUUCACGGCGUCCUCUACCUCGAAGUCAUCGAGGGGCGCGACCUCCCCGACGUCGACACCUCCUGGUUCCGGUCCUCGAAGGACGUCUCGGAUCCGUACGUGACCGUCGACACGUGCUGUGCGGGUCGGAAGACGUGCCGCAUCGCCAAGACGUCCAUCAUCUACAAUUCCCUAAACCCGCACUGGGGCGAGAAGUUCCGCAUCGAGAUGUGCCACGAAACGGAGUCCCUCCUGUUCACCGUCAAGGACCUCGACUUGGUCAAGAUGGAAUCGAUGGGAUACAUGAGCAUCAGAGCAGAAGAUCUCCUUCGCGACGAGCCAGUGACUGGCUGGUUCCCGAUCAUGGACAAGAGCGGAAACCCAGCCGGUGCCAUCAAUGUGUCACUGCGUUUUCUGUCCACGGCUGAGAUAACGCGGUCCAAUGAGGUUCCAGACACAGUGUUUCCCAUGCGAACUGGCUGUCGUGUAAAGCUCUACCAGGACGCCCACACGCCCGCCGAGCCGCCGAUUACGGACGUCCCCACGCGAACCGGAGACGCAUACGAACCACCACAAUUGUGGGUAGACAUCACCAACGCUAUCAACAAUGCACAAAAGCUUAUCUAUAUCAUCGGAUGGAGUGUGAAGACAGAUAUAAGUCUCGUACGCGAUGGCGAGUGCGAGAAUCUGGGUGACUUGCUAAAGAGGAAGGCAUCGGAAGGGGUCAGGGUGAUGGUGAUGGUCUGGAAUGAGGCCAUGAGCACUGAUAUCUACACGCCAGGUAUCAUGGGCACUCACGAUGAGGAGACGAGGCUUUUCUUUGAGGGAUCAGAAGUUGAAGUCUUUUUGGCACCACGUCAGAAGAACAAGGGCAAGCUCAUGGAGAAUAACUUCGUGGCAACCCUGUACACCCACCACCAGAAGUGUGUUAUAGUGGAUGCUGAAGCAGAAGGCGAUGACAGGCGACGUCUGGUGGCAUUUGCUGGAGGCAUUGACUUGACAGAUGGACGCUAUGACACACCUGACCACCCUCUGUAUAAAACACUGCCAGAACAACACCAGCAUGAUUUCUACAAUGGCAUUUGUCAGUCUUCAGUUACUCAAGGCCCACGUGAGCCAUGGCAUGAUAUCCAUAUGUAUGUAGAAGGACGGGCAGCUAAUGACAUACUGCAAAACUUCGUAGAGAGGUGGCGUCGCCAGGCUCCAGAUAGGGAAAAUCGUCUUCUCCCAGUCACUGAAGAUCAAUUUGUCUUGGAGUGGGAUUCUCCAGAUGAGAUGAUAUGGAAUGUCCAGUUCUUCCGUUCCAUUAACUCUGACUCAGCACAGUUUGAUUCAAAUGUCCUGGAUAAACUGCUUACCAGGAAGGGCCGAUUGUAUGAGAACUCCAUCCAGAGAGCGUAUGUACAUCACAUCAGACGAGCUAAACGCUUUAUUUACAUCGAAAAUCAGUAUUUCCUGGGGUCAGCACAUAGCUGGUUAGUGCAUGAAGCAAAGUGCCCCCAUCUUAUCCCCAUUGAGCUAACAACGAGAAUAAUAAAUGCCAUAAAUGCAGGUGAGGACUUCCGGGUGUACGUGGUGAUUCCUAUCCACCCAGAGGGAGAUCCAACCUCAACGGCUGUGCAAGAGAUCCUUCACUGGCAACAUCGCACAAUGGAAAUGAUGUACAAAAAGAUUGCUAAGGCUAUUCGCAAGGCCAAAAUAGAUGCCCAUCCUACCGACUACCUUAGCUUCUAUUGCCUAGGGAAGCGAGAAUGUCCAGAUGAUCUCCCAGAUGGUUUGGAUGAACCAGACUCUGGAACUGUAGCUGAAAAGGCACGUGAGAAUCUCCGUUUCAUGAUCUAUGUCCACUCCAAAAUGGCAAUAUUUGAUGAUGAAUAUAUUAUUGUUGGUUCAGCCAACAUCAAUGAAAGGAGCAUGAGUGGCAACCGUGAUUCUGAAAUGGCUCUUGGAGCAUAUCAGCCAAUGUAUACCAAAGAAGAGUGCGGAGACGGUGAGAUAGAGGGUGACGUCAGAACUUUCCGCUUAUCCCUGUGGGCUGAGCACUGCGGUGCCCACAUGGAGGAGCAUCUUACACCAACUUCUGUUGAAUGCAUGAGAGCCAUUAAUGAAGUUGCAAAGACUAAUCUGGAGAAGUUCAUCUCACCAGAACCAGAGCACAAUGAUUCUCACUUGAUGUCCUACCCACUUGAUGUCAAUCAGGAUGGCAGAGUGUUGGUGCGGGAGGACCUGGAGAAAUUCCCCGACACUGGUGGCUCUAUCACUGGCAAGAACUCCAACUUCCUUCCAAAUUCUCUCACUACAUAGAUUGUAACUGAACUCCAGAAGCUGAUAGAUAUGCAUAAUGUAUAUUUGAAUUAAGGGAUUUAUCCAAAUUAGUGACAAAAUGUAAUGGAAAAAACAGAACCAUAAUAACAUGCUCAAGUAAAACAACAGUGAUUGGCUUAUUUGCAGUUAUGGAAUCUUGUUGUGUGACUGUUUUUAUUUUUAUUUUAUUUAUUUAUUUAUUAUUAUUAUUUUUUUUUAUGAAACAAAGUGUUUUUGCAAAAGUGUUUUAGCACAGCCAGACAGACAGAUGAAAGAUUUGCAGAGCAGUGACCAUGAGCUUGCCUUCUUUGCGUACAAAAUGUUAACACAAACCCAUGCUGUAAAUAAUAGUAUGUAUUUUUUUUUAUACAGACUUUUAUUACAUCAGGAGCACAAUUUGUUGUAGUCUAUAUGUAUGUAUUUCUGACUUAAUAAUAGUGUAUCUAUUUUUAUUUCAUUUUACUGUGUAUUACUAUACAGGAAAACUCAAUUUGAAAGCUACUCAUAUGAUUUUAAUUUCUUAUGUAUGACAACUUCAUCAGUAAUUCUUUUACUAUUACUAUAAUCAAAAUAUAGAUCAUAAGUGUCUUUUCUGAUUUAUAUAGUUAUUUACAGAAACUGGAGUAGGUAAUAUAUAUAUAUAUAUUUUUUUGCAUGUAGACACAUAAUUUCCUCGGCGAUUAAAAUUGUUUUUUGAUGAAUGUAAUAAAGAAUUCUUUUUUCUUAAAAUGAUCAUCAGUUUUUAUUCUAUCAAGAUUUUAUAGUUUAUUGUUAGUUUUAGGGAUAGUUAUAUAGAUAAAUAUAACCUAGUGCAGCAGCUGCCUAGAUACUUAGAAACAGGUAAUGAUAGAGAGGCAGAUUAAUAUCCACGAAUGAUAACCCUGCCAAAUUAUGAACAUACAGAUAACACAUAGGAAGAUAAUAUAAAUGACAGAUAGAUAUAGGUAGACAACCGAGUAUAGUUUAAGAAUGAAAAGAUGCACAACUCCCUGGUUUGUAAAAUAAUUUCUCGAAAUGCACACCAAUCCAUCCUUCGAAGGGAAUUUCUAUCAUUAUUUCUGCAGAAGCUUUGUGAAUUGUGCAGAGAAGCUAUUGGAAGUUUUCUCUUCAUCUAGCUAAAGGCAAUAUGUUUAUAAAUGUACAGAUAAUAGUGACAGCUAGCUUGGUGAUGGAACACUGAGAAUAGUGGAGGUAGCUACUACUUUUACUGGUGCCUGAAUUAUGUUCUAAUAUAAGUGUUUCAUUGAUUUUUUUUUUUAUUGUACUGUGAUGUGAAGCUAUGAUCCAGUGUAUGUUACUUUUCCGCCAUCACAAUUUUUUUUUUUUUUUUUUUUUUUUUUUUUUUUUUUUUUUUUUUUUUUUUUAUCUCAGUGACGUAGGUUGCAUAGAUGUGCCGUAGGAGUUUUAUCAGAUGUCAAUAUUUGACAUAUUAUUUUUGUAAUGCUCUUUGAAAUACUGUGCUUGCACAAACAUAAUCUGAAAUAAUAGUUUAUAUGUUACUGUGUGAAUCUCAUGAACUAUCUCUUUCUCUCAAUUUUUGGGGGCUUUCUUUUAUAUAUAGUGUUAUUGUGGCAACUUUUGUUUGAUUGCUGAGAGAGAGCUUUUUACACUUCAUUUGAUUUUACUUAUAUUGAUUUCAAUUUUAACAUACUCUUUGAAGAAGUUCAUUACUGAAAUAUUGUAAAAUAUUUUUGAAUAUUUUAAGUAGCCUUGUGUUCAGUACAAUUUUCAAUGUAUGAUACAACAUAUUGCUCUAUUUAAUGGCCACUGCAGUUCAUUGCCAAACAUUACAUUUUCAAGAAUGUAAUGAGCAUUUAGCCAAUGUAUUUCAGUAGCAUAAUGUAAAGAUAUUAUUUGGUAUUAUGAUUUACCUCCAAGCAAUGGAGAUAUUCUUGUGUUUUUUAAUAAAGAUAUUAAAAUGGAGGAGAUUGUUAAUUAAUAGUUGAGAUAAAAAGUAAUCAACUUUGAUUAUCAUUUUGGCUAUUACAGAUUCUCUUUCUUAUCUGAAGAUAUUGAUAUGUAGUGAAUUAUGAAAGAAAACAAUAUAGGAAAUGUGAUGAAAUGUUUUUAAUUUCUUCUGAAUAUUAUUGAUUGGUACUUGCACAUAUGUAUUCAUUAUAUAUCUGCAUGUAAUGUAUGCUCUGAUGUAUGCACUAUAGUUCACAUGUCAUUUUUAAUAUCUUUAAAAAAUAAAUGACCUGAACGCUUAUGGAACUUUUUCAAAUUGAUCUGUACCUAUAAAACUUGCUACAUCCAAGAGAGUCAUCAUAAUUAGAUCUCAUUAAAGCAAGCUAAUAUUGAGAAUAAUAUUAAAAACUCAUCAGUUGCUACUUGUAUAUUGAAAGGUGACUUACAUUAAGGUUAUAUCAUAGACAGACUAUUGUGAACUGGAGAUUUUAAAUGUUAAAUUGAAACAUGUAAGACUUAUUUACCUAAAUAUUUAUAAAUAAAUGCACAAAUAUGUUGAAUUACUAGUUUAGUAUUUUUAUCUUGUAUGUACCGAAGACUUCUCAUUUUGUCAUGUACUGGUGCUGAAAUUGUCAAUUUAUCAAUUCUUGAAUAAAUCUAUGGAUGUAUAA